UACUGGACACUCCAGUGAUGUCAUGUCUGAUGUUCAAUUCAUCAAACCUUUUACAGAAAAGAUGCUUAAGAGCUGCCCAAACAUUCUCUCUUUGCUUCACCAACUUUCUCUCCAGUGUUAAUGUGCUUUAAUUGCCCAAUUAGUCACUUUGUGUGUAUGUUUGUCUGUGUGUUUACAACUCCGUUGUGGAUUAAGUGGGUGAUGGGUGGAAGACUGGACGGAGGGAGGGACGGACACCUGCAGCCGGAGUGUAUAAGAGACCCUCACCAUCAGGCGAUGUUGGCCACUUCAUCAACUCUUCAUCCUUUUUUUUUUUUUUUUUGUAAAUUAUUUUUUUCAGGUCCGUCAUGGAGGGACGCUUGCUGUUUCAGAGUGUGCUGAUCUUGUGGUUGGUGCAAUGUGUGCGCACUGGGGGUUAUGGAGCUGGAGUAUCAGGAGGCGCCAACGGCCAAGCACCGCAUUUUAACGGAAGGAGACCUCACAAUGGCGGAGGGGUUAGAAGAAUGCUGAUGCCAUCUAAAGGUGUAGGGUCACCAAUGGGCGCACAUAAUGUAUACGGUGUAUACCCCAAUAAAGGAGUUGGCUAUGGAGCAGCUGCCGGAAUGGCCAAUGGAGCAGGAAAUAAAGGCUAUGCACCACCAAAUGGCGCCGUGAGGGGUUCAGGAGGAAAUCCAGCAGCUUUACCUAAUGGAAAUGGCGCUAAAUAUAAUGGAUAUGGCAGUCAAGCUGGCCCAACCAAUCAACAGCCAAUGAAAGGAAACGGCUAUGGAGCUCAUGCUGGUGCCUUUGGUGGACAUGGGAACAAAGGUUACGGAGGUGCUGCUGCUGGAACCAACCGCAAUGCAAACAAAGGCCCAUUGAAUGGUUAUGGUGCCGGUGCUCUUGGUGGAAAUGGAGCUAAACCAAAUGGACACGGAGCACCAAACGGUGUACUGAAUGGAGCUGGAAACAAUGUCAUGGGGAGCCUUGGAAGUAGACUUAAAGGAUAUAGUCGACCAUACUAUGGAGCAGGUCUUGGUGCAGGGAUGGGAGCCUCCCAAGGUCAGGGCGUGCCUCAGUUGGCAAGGAACCAGGGCAAGGGUUACAACAGUGGUCACGGCAGUGCUCGUAUGGGUCUGGGACCUCGGUAUGGAAAUGGUGGUAUGAAAGGACCCAAACAAGGAUACGGCGCUGCAGGAGAUGUGCACAACGGACAACGUGGUUCCCCAAGUGGAUAUGCUGCAAACAGAGGAGGUUAUGGAAAUGGAGCUGUUCCUCAUGGCUAUGGAGGCACCCCCAAUGGCUUUGGAGCUGGUGCUGGUGGCGUUAAAGGAUAUGGAUCCAAACCCAAUGGCUCUAGAUUCGGAAAUGCUGCAGCACUUGGAGGAUCUGGAAGUAAACUCAAUGGAUAUGGAGGACUUGGUGCAGGCUCAAUGCCUCAGCACACCAAAGGAGUUGGAGCUGUUUCACCUGGACAAGGCUACGGUGGUUCUGGCACACAAUUAGCUAAAGCAGCUAACUCUGGUUAUGGCCAGAUGCCGUAUGGAAAGGCUCCAAAUGGAGAAGGUCUGAAAGGGGAUGUUCUGUCACCCCAGCAACCAAGCUCAGCAUCACAGGAGGGUACCCCUCAACGACCGAUCAUAGGUGGCGAUAUGCUUCCUGGGCCUGCGCCCACAAGUGGCGGCCUCGUUCUGGUGACCCAAGACCAGUACCGAAGAUUGCCCUCACCAGUGCCGCAAGGGAAAAGCUACAAGCAGCCGUUGCCUCAGGGUAUUCCAGAGCAGGUGCCCGUGUUCCCUCAGCACAGAGAGUCGAAGCUAGAAGGGGAACCCGCUCCUGGAUCAGCGUUCCUUGGUCCGCAAGACAAGCGCCUGAAAGCUGGCGCACCAACAGGGGGUUACGUCCUGGCAGGAGAGACGCCUGCAGCACUUCCUCAAGAGAAUGGAGGAGUUUUAAACGCUAAGGGGCAAGGAGCCAAAGCAACCAAACCUGACUGUGGCCCCGGAGGUGCAGGUGGGCAAUGGAUGAAAAUACCUAGACCAGGCUAUAAUGCAGGGGCUGGAGCAUCAGCAGGCUCGCACACCAAAGGUUUGGGAGCAGGAGCUGGUGUUGCAAACAGAUUUGGUGCUAAUCCCAAUGGUUAUGGCGCAGGAGGCUAUACUGGUCCUAGAAAUGGAUAUGGCGCUGGUUACAGACAAGGAGCUUACCUUGGUGGAACUGGCUAUGGAGAAGGAAACUCUUACGCAGGAAAUGCAGGUUAUAGUGAUGGUGUCAAUUCCAAAGCAGGCUUUCCGAAGGCAUAUGGUGCUGGUGUACAGCCCAGCUAUGCUAGUCUUGGCCAAGGUGUUCCUACAGCAGAUGCAAAAUCAGGUGGUGGCAUGCAGGUUCCUUACGCUGGUGCCACAGCUGGACUAGAUGGAGCGAGUCAUCCACAGCCACAAUCAGCUGGUCUUGGUGCUAAUGGAAAGCAAGGCCUCAUUCAUGGAAUGGAUGGCUUACCUUAUGGUGGUCAGACUGGGAUGGGUACAGAGAAAGCAAACGCCAAGUAUGGCAUUGGUGGACUGCAGUUUGGUAGCAACCCCUUGGUAGGAAAUUAUGGCUAUGACAUCUAUGGGCCUGCUGCUGAUGUAAAGGCUGGAAAACAUGGUGGUGCCGGUAUGGGUGGGCUUCCAGCAGCAGGACAAUAUGGAUAUGGCGGCUUUCCCAACCUCCUUGGUUUUAGCACUAAUGGAAAAAUGGCUGGCAAGUAUGGUUAUGGAAGAAUGCCCCAUGAAGCUCAGCCAGUCAGAUUUGGGCCUCAGGUCAAGUCUCCCAGCACUGGCAAUUAUGGUCCAGUUGGCUCAACAUAUCAGUCAGGACCUCUUGGAUUUGCACCAAGUGUGAAUUACGAUGGCAGUGAUGGUUCCUAUGUGCCACAAGGUGUUGGACUUGGCGUGGAAGGAAAGCCUGCUGAGAAAUACGAUAACCAAGGAGCCCCCCUGAGCCAGGCUCUUGAAUCGGCGUCUGAAAGCAAAACAGUGGAAGGUGUUCCAACGUUGUCACGAGCAGGCGAAGGCGAGGGGUUGGCAAAUAAUAAAUUUGAAAAUGUGGGCUACAUAAGUGGAAGCAAACUGCAGCCUGAAGUUGUCUCACUACCUGCGGCGCCCACUCCCAGUUCCGCCGUGGACUCUUCUCUCACGCCUGGUGGAACAGAUGACCUUUCCUCCGAUCUCACGGGCGCCGGCGGCCUCAUUUAUGAUUCCACAGGCGCCGGACACAAUCAGGCACGGGAGUCGGAGCAGCCGGAUGAAGCGGAGCAGCUGCCACGUCAGAUCCACAUCCAGCAGCACCUCAAACUGCAUUUUCACCCUCAAGGGUCCAAAAAUGCUAAUCACGAUUUGAAUGGCUUCUUUGGGAACAGUGGCUACAAGGGUUAAUGACUCCUUCCUCUGUCAUUGUAUGUUUUCAUCACUUUGUUGUAUAUUGAAUCUAAUCCCCAUCAGUCUUUUAACGUUUUAGACAUUUCAUGUUUGUAUUAUAUGUACAGUAAUCCCUUGUUUAUCGCUGUUAGUUGGUUCCGCAGCCGACCGCAGUAAAUUAAUUCCUGCAAAGUAGUUUAAACUGAAUAUUUUCACAGUAGGAACAUAGGAAACAUCUGACUUCCUGAAUAAGAUCUUUACCAUUAGAGCCCCCAUACAUGAAAUAACACCCCUAUAGUCCUUUUUUAAUUACCAAAUAUAUUAGAUGCAAGCAAUUUAAGACUUGUGCUUGCGUUUCAAUAAAUGACGUGUUAUGAUGACUUACUGUAUUGUUGUGAGAUAAAAUAUUAUAAAAUAAACUGCUGUCGUUGGCGAUAGUCA